AUGGGUAACGCCGCCGGAUCCACAGUGGAUGAUAUGCAGGCAAUGGAGAUGCACCAGUGGUAUAAGAAAUUCAUGAUGGAGUGCCCGUCGGGACAGCUCAUGUUGCACGAGUUCAAGCAUUUCUUCGGCCUCCAGGGCCUGGACCCUGAAGCUAACGCUUACAUUGAGGAGAUGUUCAGCACCUUCGACAUGAACCAGGAUGGCUAUGUGGACUUCAUGGAAUAUGUGGCAGCCCUGAGCCUCGUGAUGCGGGGCCAGAUGGAACACAAGCUACGUUGGUACUUCAAGUUAUAUGACGUGGAUGGCAACGGCUGCAUCGACCGGAACGAGCUGCUCAACAUCAUCAAGGCCAUCCGAGCGAUCAAAGGCACAGAAUCUAAAGAGGUCUCUGCAGAGGAGUUCACCAACCGUGUGUUUGACAAGAUUGAUGUCAACGCGGACGGGGAGCUGUCCCUGGAAGAGUUUGUGGCAGGUGCUCGCAAUGAUAAGGAGUUUAUGGAGGUGAUGAUGAAGAGCCUGGAUCUCAAGCAUGUUGUGGCCAUGAUCCAUAGUCGGCGGCGCAGCAUUUAG